AUGACCUACAACCCACUACAUCUCCUUACCCUCCCCCCAACGUCCAUCGACCCUAAACCUAUCUCUACCGUGAUCAGCAUCGACUCUUUCUCAGAUACAAUAUGGCUCGGAACCUCCUCUGGAACGAUCACUGCACUAUGUACGCCCAUCAGUCUGACGCGCAAUGUUCAAUUCCCUGCUCACGGAUCAAAACUCUCCGCUGUGCCUCAGGGAGGGUAUCUGAAUAUGGCUGCUGGGAUCAAUAUGGCUGUAAAGGAGCUGAGGAUCACGGAUAGGGAUGUGUGGUCGUUAACUGAAGGAGGAAUUAGUGGGAGGAAGAGAGGUGGGGUCGUUAAAUGGAGUGUCGACGACCCCUCUCGUUCCCUUCGAUCAAUGGCCCCUAACCCGGUCAAUUCCCACGAAGUAAUCGCGGGCGGUACAGGUCCACUAAUACUAGCCAACACAGCAAGAGGAGAGAUGGUCCGAAAGAUCGAUAUACCUAAUGCACCCAUUGUGAAGCUUUCUCCAUCUCUAUCAAGCAGAUCAGUCUUAUCGGCUAGUCUAUCAGGACAGAUUAACCUCUUAGAUCCGAGGACGGGCUUCAAAUCGCAAUCGUCAAUUGUACCCGUCCAGGCCCAUACGGGUGGACUGAAUGGGGCGGACGUACAGGGGAAUUUGGCAUGUACCUGGGGGUGGACACAUAUGCAGGGACACCCUCUACCCGACCCACUAGUCAAAAUUUACGAUAUCAGAACUCUCCGUCCCCUACCACCCAUCUCGUUUCCCGCCGGACCAGCAUUCGCCUUACUUCACCCCACAGAUCCAUCAAAGCUGGUGAUAUCCUCACAGCAGGGGAUGUUACAGACCGUCGACAUGUCAACUGGAUCGACCGGAUCAAUGUUCCAGCAACUUGAUAUCAAUUCAUACGUGACGAGCAUGGCCUUAUCUCCCCGAGGUGAUUAUCUGGCUUUUGGAGAUGCCGAUGGGAAUUUACAUCUUUGGACAAAUCAUGAUACGGGUGAGACCGCGCAGCUCGAUGAGAAUGGUCAAUUGGUCUUGCCCACAUUCAACGGUUAUGAUGGGAUUAAACCUGAAUGGCCGGAUCAGGCAGAUCCAUUACCUCCCAUAGUCUGGGAAGAUACUACCCCCUUAAACCUCAUCGGUAUGCCAUACUAUUCCGAACCAUUGUUAUCCAAUUUCCCACCAGAUUCAUAUGCCACAGACGCUUCACCAUUUUUCAACCCGCCUUUACCUAUCCCUACAUCCGUGUUGAAUUCGAUGAAAAUGGUAGAUUUCGUUGGAUAUGCCACUACACCAAAGGAAUUAAAAGGUAAACGAUAUGUUAUACCUUCUCGACCGGGUGCUCGUAACGUUCACAAGAAUACGAAUGUAAAUAACCAGAACGGUAGAUUGAUGAAUGGUACUAAUGGGAGAAGGAAUAGUGAACCUAGAUUCAGGAGUGAGAAAGAUAAAUUGGAGAAAAAGAAUGGUGCGAAAGCCACAAAGAAGACCAAGAAAACCACUGGAAGAGAAGGAGGUGGUGGAGAAAAUCAAGAUUUGAUGAAUGUCGACGAUGAACAUGCGGUAGAAGAUGACGAUGAUGAUGAUGAGCAAGAUGCGGUGACGGGUGACGGGGAGAUACCUAAAUAUUAUAGGAAAGUGGAAAUUAAAUAUUCCAAAUUUGGUAUAGAAGAUUUCGAUUUUGAAUACUACAACCGAACCGCUUAUUCGGGACUGGAAACCGAUAUUCUCAAUUCCUAUACCAAUUCAUUAUUACAAGCUAUUCAUUACAUCUCACCUAUACGAGCUGUGGCGACCGCUCAUAUAUGUGUAGAUUGCAAGAAAGAGCAUUGUCUUCUGUGUGAAGCUGGAUUCCUAUUCAGGAUGCUGGAAGAUGCAAAAGGAAGGAACUGUCAGGCUAGUAAUUUCUCCAGAGCGUUCAGUGCCACGCCACAAGCAUCUGCAUUGGGGUUGAUGGACGAUCACGAUAAAUCGACUGCACCCUAUGGCUCACUCAUCCAGAAUUUCAAUAGAUGGUUGUUGUCGACUUUCAGCACGGAAUCGAUAGUCGAGGGUGAGACUUUCGAUAUACGCACGAAAGAUAUCCAAGAUCUAUCUUUGAAGGGAUCAGAUGAGGUGCAAAAGGCAUCAGCGAUAGAUCAGGUAUUGGGUGUGGAGAUCAAAACUACCAAUACGUGUAGGAGUUGUGGAUUCGUUUCGGAAAGAGAUACAACGUUACAUGCUGUUGAUCUAAUAUACCCAAAGAAAACUACCACUGGCACUGAUAAACCCAAGUUCGAUGAUGUCCUCAAAUCCUCGAUAUUCAGAGAAAACACUACCAAAGCAGUGUGCAGUAAUUGCAAGUCUUUUGCACCGUUAGAUUCCAAACGUACCCUCAACAGUGAUAGAGACCAAUUACCACCUGUAUUGAGCGUCAAUGCGAUGAUGACUUCGAAUGAUCUGUACGAUAUUUGGAAAAACGACCUUAAAUCCAAAACGAGAUUUUUGGAACCAAAUGUUCAACUUGACAUUGAUGAUGGACAGAAAAUCGCGUAUGAAGUGAAAAGUUUGGUAGUUCAGAUACAGGAGGAUGAACGCACACCUGCUCAUCUGGUCUCUUUCGUUAAAAUGUCGAAUGAGGCGGGUUCCAUUUGGAUAAUGUUUAAUGAUUUCUUGGUGAGGUCAAUAUCGGAAGAAGAAGUUUUCAACUUCCCGGAUCAAUGGAAAGUCCCUUCCGUAAUUUUCCUACAGAGGGUUGAUUCUUCGGAUUUAUUGCAUUUGAAUGGAUUACCAAAAGAGAUUGAUAAGAGUGUGUUGUUUAAGGAUGUUUCAAUUGCUUGGAAUCGACGUAAUGCCCUGAUCAAACAUAAGGUAUUGGAAGAAAAUGAAUUACCAAAACCUGGGACACUUAUAGCUAUAGAUGCUGAGUUUGUGGCUUUACAGCAGGAAGAAAUGGAAUUCCGAUCAGAUGGAACCAAAAACAUACUUCGACCCUCUCAUAUGUCCCUUGCUAGAGUUUCGGUACUUAGAGGACAAGGUGAAAAGGAGGGUGUGCCGUUUAUAGAUGAUUAUAUACAUACGAGUGAGGCUGUGGUAGAUUACCUGACUGAGUUCUCAGGUAUCAAGGCUGGAGACUUGGACCCGAACAACUCGCCUCAUACCUUGGUUCCUCUCAAGGUGGCGUACAAGAAAUUGAGGUUAUUGGUCGAUCUCGGAUGCAUAUUUAUAGGACAUGGAUUAUCUAAGGAUUUCCGAACGAUCAAUAUCUUCGUACCCCCAUCUCAAGUCAUGGACACAGUCAACCUAUUCACUAUACCAGGUCGACACCGUAAAUUAUCAUUAAAGUUCUUGGCUUGGUUCUUACUUAAGAGAGAUAUUCAAACCAAUACUCAUGAUUCGAUCGAGGAUUCUAAAUUCGCUUUGUUACUUUACAAAAUAUGGAAAGAGUACGAUGAUACGGAUGAUCUGAGAGGUUUCGAGGGGUUGAUGAAUAAUGUGUUUUUGGAAGGAAGUAAGACGGGCUUCAAACCACCGAUUGAUCGUCCACCUUCACCAAAUGCUUUCCCUCCUCUACCUGCUCCGCCUACUCAGACACCCGUACAGCAGAGUGGAGGAGGUAAACAACAGAAAUCUAGAAAAGGAUCAAAUAAGAAUAACAAUCAGCAGCAGUCAAACUGGAAUUCCGAGAAUGGCGAGAGUGCAGGCGGGGGAGGAGGGGGAAGAGGUAGAGGCAGAGGUAAACCUCCUAGACAGUGGUAA